GCUUUGGGGCGGGGCCAGCGUCAGGAGCCCUGUCUCACGCGGGCCCACCUCCAGCUUCGCGGUGGGGGUGUUCAUAGACUUGACCUGAGGGUGCCGAAUUCUACCACCUUUGCUUGCGCGAGACCAGAGUUGCGCACUGAACCUUCCAGAGGAGGAUGGUGCUCCGAAGCCUCUCCAGGGACGGGCCCCCCCGGGUGUGGAUGCCCUCGGCGCUGGAACGCCAGGGACACAGUGAAAUAAGAGUGUUUGUAGUUUAACCCCUAAUUGGAAUUAGGAAGAUUAAUCCCAGACAUGAAGAGAUUAAAGAACAACCAUUUACAUAUCUCAUUGAAGAAUCCAAAAAAUAAAGUUGUGGAUUCUUUCUUAGCAUCCUCUGAUGGCAGCGAUGCCAAGAGCCCUGCCCAGAGUGAGUGGACUUUGGAAACCUAUGAGAAAUCCACCAGUGAAAUCCCUGUCCAGAGUGAACGGACAUCAGAAAACUAUGAGGAUUUCACCACUGGAAUCCCUGGCCAGAGUGAAUGGACAGCCUCGUCUACCGAAGGACUCUGCGAAGUGAUCACUCCUGUGACUGAAUUGAAACUGGACAUGGAUGAGGAAAUCACCAGCAAAUUCCCUGGCCAGAGUGAACGGACAGCCCCAUCUACCGAAGGACUCUGCGAAGUGAUCACUUCUGUGACUGAAUUGAAACUGGACAUGGAUGAGGAAAUCACCAGCAAAUUCCCUGGCCAGAGUGAACGGACAGCCCCAUCUACCGAAGGACUCUGCGAAGUGAUCACUUCUGUGACUGAAUUGAAACUGGACAUGGAUGAGGAAAUCACCAGCAAAUUUCCUGGCCAGAGUGAAUGGACAGCCCCGUCUACCGAAGGACUCUCUGAAGUGAUUACUACUACCAUGAGUGAAUUUACAUCGGGAACUUCUGAUGGAAUCUCCAAGGAAAUUAUAAUGGAACGACUCUCCAGGUUCCAUGAUGAAGAUACUGAAGACAGUGUCUUUCUCAAUUCAAAUGACAGCAUUAUUAGUAGAAUUUUGUACUCACUGGUAUCAUCACUCAUGUUCAGAAUAUUUGGAAUUAUGCUCGUCUUUGUGGAUCUGUCUCUCAUCAUUACAGACCUGAUUGUCGCUAAUAGCACAACAUAUAUUCCUUUGGAAUAUCAUUCAAUUUCUUUAGCUAUUGCUUUAUUUUUUUUGAUGGAUGUUCUUCUUCGAGCAUAUGUAGAAGGGAUAAAAUACUAUUUUUCUGAUGCACUUAACUUUUUGGAUGCUGUCAUUAUUGUAAUGACUCUAUUGAUUGAUAUUAUUUAUAUGUUUUUUGACUUUAAGUCUCUUCAAACUACCCCCGGAUUGACAAUUUUCUUUCGACCUCUACGACUUGUCAUUCUUGUAAGAGUUUUUCAUCUGGCUCAUCAAAAGAGACAUCUUGAACAGCUGGCCAGAAAGAUGGUUUCAGGAAACAAACGGCGGUACAGGAAGGAUGGAUUUGACCUAGACCUCACUUAUAUUACCGAGCGUAUCAUUGGCAUGUCAUUCCCAUCUUCAGGAAAGGAGUCUUUCUAUAGGAAUCCCAUUGAGGAAGUUGUGCGGUUCUUAGAUACCAAACAUCGAGAACACUAUCAAAUCUACAAUCUAUGCAGUGAAAGAGCUUAUAAUCCUAAGUACUUCCAUGACAGAGUCCAGCGAAUCAAGAUUGAUGAUCACAAUGUCCCCAGUCUAAGUGAGAUGGUGGCAUUCGCCGAGGAAGUGAAUGAGUGGAUGUCUCAAGAUGACAAAAACAUCGUAGUGAUUCACUGUAAGGGAGGCAAAGGACGAACUGGAACGAUGAUUUGUGCCUACCUUAUUGCCAGUGGAAUAUUUACAACUGCAGAGGAGAGCCUUUUUUAUUUUGGAGAACGGCGAACAGAUAAAAGCACCAGUACUAAAUUUCAGGGAGUUGAAACCCCUUCUCAGAGUAGAUACGUUGGAUAUUUUGCAGAUGUGAAAAAUAUCUACAACAUGACUCUCCCUCCAAGAAAAACAGUCAAGAUUGAAAAAAUUGUUAUUCAUUCAAUUCAUGGUGUAGGAAAAGGCAAUGGCACUGAUCUCAAAGUACAAAUAGUAAUGCAGAGGCAGAUCAUCUUUUUCGGUUCUGCUUCCAAAAACUGUCAGAUCCUUCAUGAUGCGGAAACAGACAGCGUGACAAUCCAUCUGUCCAACUGCCCACCACUGUAUGAUGACAUCAAAGUGCAGUUUUUCUCUUCUUCCGACCUACCCAAGUAUUACGAUCAGUGUCCAUUUUUUUUUUGGUUCCAUACAUCAUUUUUACAAAAUAAAAGGCUUUACCUUCCACGGAACCAACUGGAUAAUCCACAUAAAAAAAAAACCUGGCAUAUCUACCGUGAGAACUUUGCAGUGGAGCUAUAUUUUGAAGACGUGGGAUAGAAGGAUCGUUUUCCCCACCAUCCCUGCCACACAUUUAGGUCUCCUAACCCUCCUUCCUUGCAUGUAUACUUACAGUACAUUUACAUACACAUUUUUGACACCUUAAGUAUAUGCAUUAUAAAAGGUUAGUGGUCCCUUUUCUUUCCUGAAGGAGGUAUGCCAGAGUUGAGAGAACUACUGUUCCUGGGGACUGCGUGCCAAAGUUAAGAGUUUAAAAGAACUUUCAUAUCAAAAUAACAUUUAAAAUGAUUCCUCACAA